AUGCCACCCAAACGUAUCGCUAUCGUCACCAGCAGUACGCGCCGACCGCGCCUCAACCCCACAAUCACGCGCUACGUCUACGAUGUCCUCUCCGCCGACCCAACCAUCCCGACCACGCCCAACUCCGACCCGAGCAUCACCGACCCACGCCACAUCACCCUCGAAAUCCUAGACCUAGCCAAGCAAUCUCUGCCCCUAUACGACGAAUCCGUCAUCCCAGCCAGUCUGCCCGCGACAGACCCAACCCCGCACUACACAAAGCCGCAUGCGCAAGCCUGGUCAAGUAUAGUCCGCAAAUGCGACGCCUUCAUCUUCGUCACGCCCCAGUAUAACUGGAGCAUCCCCGCGAGCCUCAAAAACGCGCUCGACUAUCUUUUCCACGAGUGGAAGGGCAAGCCGGCCGGCAUCGUGUCGUACGGCUCGCGGGGUGGCGGCAAGGCGGCGGAGCAUUUACGGGGCGUGUUGAAUGGGCUGCGUAUGCGGGCGGUUGGUACGGCUCCUGGGCUGAUUAUCAAGCAUACGGGCCUGCCGGUGGGGUCGUUGUCGGAGGAGGAGGAGCAGGUUGAGUUAGAUGCGAGGGAUGUUGAGGGGUGGAGGCAGGCUGGGAUUGAGGGGAUGAUGCGGAAUUUGGGGAUGGAGUUGGUCUGUGAGCUGGAUAAGGAGUGA